CCCAGGAGGAGCUGAAAGGCGCCUACCGCCGGCUGUGCAUGCUCUACCACCCCGACAAGCACAGAGACCCCGAGCUCAAAGCGCAGGCCGAGCGGCUCUUCAACCUCGUGCACCAAGCGUAUGAGGUGCUCAGUGAUCCACAGACCAGGGCCAUUUAUGACAUAUACGGGAGAAGAGGACUGGAAAUGGAAGGUUGGGAGGUUGUGGAAAGGAAGAGAACUCCAGCUGAAAUCAGAGAAGAAUUUGAGCGUUUGCAGAGAGAGAGGGAAGAGAGACGACUGCAGCAGCGAACUAAUCCAAAGGGAACAAUCAGCGUUGGAAUAGAUGCCACGGACCUCUUCGAUCGUUACGAUGAAGAAUAUGAGGAUGUGCCAGGGAGCAGCUUUCCCCAGAUUGAAAUAAAUAAAAUGCACAUAUCGCAGUCCAUCGAGGCACCGCUGACUGCCACAGACACAGCAAUACUGUCCGGUAACCUGUCCACCCAGAACGGGAACGGAGGCGGCUCCAUUAACUUCGCUCUUCGGCGGGUGACGUCUGCCAAGGGCUGGGGAGAGAUGGAGUUUGGAGCGGGAGACCUUCAGGGACCUCUCUUUGGUCUGAAGAUAUUCCGUAAUCUUACACCAAGAUGUUUCAUCACUACAAACUGUGCUCUGCAGUUCUCAUCCCGGGGGAUCCGUCCAGGCCUCACCACGGUUCUAGCCCGCAACCUCGACAAGAACACGAUGGGCUACUUGCAGUGGCGCUGGGGCAUCCAGUCAGCCAUGAACACUAGUAUUGUUCGGGAUACAAAAACCAGCCAUUUCACAGUGGCAUUACAGCUAGGAAUCCCCCAUUCUUUCAUGAUGGUCAGUUACCAGCAUAAGUUUCAGGAUGAGGAUCAAACACGAGUGAAAGGUUCUCUCAAGGCAGGUUUCUUUGGGACCAUAGUGGAGUAUGGCGCAGAGAGGAAGAUUUCCAGACACAGCAUCCUCGGAGCCACCGUCAGCGUUGGUGUUCCCCAAGGAGUGUCCUUGAAAAUCAAGUUGAACAGGGCGAGCCAGACCUACUUCUUCCCUGUCCACCUAACAGAUCAGCUGCUGCCUAGUGCUGUAUUUUAUGCCACCGUGGGACCCCUGGUUAUUUACUUUGCUAUGCACAGGCUAAUCAUCAAACCCUACCUCAGGGCACAGAAGGAGCGAGAGCUGGAGAAGCAAAGGGAGAGCACUGCCAGUGACAUCCUUCAGAAGAAGCAGGAAGCAGAAGCUGCAGUCCGGUUAAUGCAGGAGUCUGUCCGGAGGAUAAUUGAGGCAGAGGAAGCCAGAAUGGGUCUGAUUGUAGUGAAUGCCUGGUAUGGGAAGUUUGUUAAUGACAACAGCAGGAAGAACGAGAAGGUGAAAGUAAUAGACGUGACUGUGCCCCUGCAGUGCUUGGUGAAGGACUCCAAGCUCAUCCUGACGGAGGCCUCCAAGGCUGGGCUGCCAGGUUUCUAUGACCCCUGCGUGGGUGAGGAGAAGAAUCUCAAAGUGCUUUAUCAGUUCCGGGGAGUCCUGCACCAAGUGAUGUCGGCUGACAACGAGGCUCUGAGGAUACCAAAGCAAUCUCACAGAAUUGAUGCAGAUGGCUAAUCUGGUGAGAGUCUGUCUGUCUGUUACGGUACCUGGGUCAACAGAAACUGCAAAGCUUCCCCGGGAUGCUACAAGUGUGAGCAGAGACAUUUUUAUUUUUGUGAUCCAUAUAGAAGGUGGUGUCAUACCAAUUAUGUUAGGAGACAAGAUAAGAACCUGCUUCUACAGGGGGCUCCGAGGCAAUACUGCUCUGAAUUGUGGCUCAGUAACCAAUAAAGCAACGUGACUCUGA